GUACAAUUUCUGAUAAAAAAAACGAGGGGGAUAAAAUCUUUUGGAAUACAGACACUAAUUAAUUUGAAUAAAACAGAAAUGACUAGUGUCCAUCCUCUGCUACAUGAGAAUCAAGUAGAGUUCCAGAGUCUGGACUUUACUUCAAGGUUGGAUAUGGAGGUGAGAUGCAAGCAAUGCCCGCUCUUUGCAACAUCUCUCCCAAGCAUUGGUUCCCUUGUUGGCACCUACACAGGCGAGUUUGAUGUUUAUGCAUGUCAGGUCCCCUCUGCCCCUACUUCUGCUGGCACAACUACUGGUGAGGACUCAAACUUUAAGCUGGACGACUUCCAAGUUUCGGGCUGCUACCCAAGCACAUUCCAGCUGAGCUAUCUUGAUGAGACCCUGUCCUCUGUAGGCUUAGACUAUUUGGGCAGCUCUGUAUCGGUUCCGUCUCCUUCCACCCCAGCCUUCCAGACUCAGCCUGAAUCAUCUUGGUAUUCCGCCUUUGGGCCUUCCUCUACCAGCACUGGGUACAAGGUGGCCAAUAAGACUGAAUUGCCUCAGCCACCCUCAUUCUUCAACUUCAGCUCAGCAUCCACAGAGGAAUUAUCUCUUCUGGGCCCAUCCCAGUUAGCUGACCAAGAAUCCUUCACUCUGGCCCAGCAGCACUCCUCACUCCUGCCCUUCUCCCCUCUAGCUCCUGAGUCAGACAUUUUUGAUGGCCCUGCCACUAUAGAAGUCAGCAUUUCCCCCAAAGCUAGAAGCCCCAAUGGGAAUGAAGGCUGCUGUGCUGUGUGUGGGGACAAUGCCUCCUGUCAGCACUAUGGGGUUCGCACUUGUGAGGGAUGCAAAGGGUUUUUCAAGCGCACUGUACAGAAAAAUUCUAAAUACAUUUGCCUUGCCAACAAAGACUGUCUGGUAGACAAGCGUCGCCGAAACCGAUGUCAGUUUUGUCGUUUCCAAAAGUGCCUUGGUGUAGGCAUGGUAAAAGAAGUUGUAAGAACAGAUAGCUUAAAAGGCAGAAGAGGUCGCCUCCCUUCAAAGAUGAAAUUAGUCCAGGGUCUGACACCCUCUGCUUCCCCAGUUAGCAUGAUUGCUUCCCUUGUGAGGGCACAUAUUGACUCAAACCCAGGUGUUGGAAAACUGGAUUUCUCUAAGUACCAGGAGACUGUGGUUAGCCCGUUAGAUAAAGAAGAUGCUAGUGACAUCAAACAGUUCUAUGACUUGCUUACAGAGUCCAUGGAAGAAAUUAGGAAUUGGGCAUUGACUGUUCCUGGAUUAUCUGCCUUUGGUCAGGAGGACCAGGAACUGUUGUUGGAAUCUGCCUUUAUUGAACUGUUCAUCCUGCGCAUUGCAUACAGGUCCAACUCUGACACUGACAAGUUGAUCUUCUGCAAUGGUGUGGUGCUUCACAGGAUGCAGUGUGUGAGAAGUUUUGGUGACUGGCUCGAUUCCAUCAUGGACUUCUCACAAAGCCUGCAUCGUAUGAAAUUGGACAUACCAUCCUUCUCAUGUCUCACAACUUUGGUCCUAAUCACCGAUCGCCAUGGUCUAAAGGAACCAAAGCGUGUAGAAGACUUCCAGAACCAGCUCAUCACCUGCUUGAAAGAUCACAUCUCUAGUUGUGCCUCAGACUACCUGUCCAAGCUCCUAGGGAAGCUUCCAGAGCUGCGGACACUGUGCACACAAGGCCUGCAGCGCAUCUUCUACUUAAAACUGCAGGACCUGGUCCCUCCUCCCUCCAUAGUAGACAAAAUAUUUCUGGACACUUUGUCUUUCUGA